AUGAACUUUUCAAGAAAAAGUUCAUGUUCAAUACAUUACAACCAUCAUUAUGUACCACCAUAUGAACGAUUAUUACGAAGAAAUCAAUUAUGGAAGCCUCAAAAGCUGAAAAAAGAACAAGAUUUACAAGAAGAAUGUCGGACAGGAAAAUUAACACCAUUCCAACAGCCCAAAAACUAUUUAUGUUAUUUUAUGUAUGAACAAACUGAUAUUUUGAAAAUCGAUGAAUUAAUUGAUCAAGCAAAAUUAACGAAACAUUUCUCAAUCGAUACCGAAAAUGAUGCAUUAACACAUAAACCAGCAACAUUAUAA